UUCGCGUCAGCAGCUAGCCUGAGACUCCUCAGCGGGACCACGAGUAGUGCGAAAGGUUUUAUGUUCGAAGUUGCAAGACGAAUCGUUGAGAAACCGACCGGUAAAGUACAGAUAGGUGUACUUUGAGGCCCGGCGACGCACUAUUGGCAGUAGUCGUGCAUCAGCACCAGCGUCUUACCAUCCUACUAUGAGGGAUAGUUGUGCCGUGCUGAAACGGCUCAUGAAGGAAGCCUCGGAAUACACUUGUUCCAUCCGGCCAAAAAGCAGCACGUUGUUCCCAAAUCCGACGAGCGAUGGCAUCGCACUCAGACCAGCCGAUAUCCACAACUGGCUAUGGAUCGCGGGUCGGCCCAUGCCGCCGCGUCCGCUCCAUCAGCAGCGCCUGCUCAACCGCGAGAUCGUAAUCACUGAGAAGCUGGACCUGCACCUUGUGUGGACGACCGAUCGCAUCUUCGUCAAGCCGCUGUCACGCUUCCUCCUUGAGCCGCGCUUCUGGGCAAGAGUCCUCCAGUGUCAUAGGGUGCCCGUCUCCAACGCUGACCCGUGCAGCUGCGGUGGUCGGCGGGAACGCGCGCUCGGCUUCCUCUUCUCGUACGCGGCCCUCAUAGUGCACGAGAGCGACUUUCACAUCGCCAAAGAGAUGCACCUUAUUCCCGAAGAGGUACAGUGGUUGGCGUGGCGGACGGCCGUGCGGGAGUUCCUAGGCACUUCGUUUGUCUACCCCUGGAUCGACCCACGUUUCCACUAUGGGGAGCUCCGCCUUAGCCGGCUCAACAAGAUCUACUUCUUUUGGAAGACCCCGUUCCGCGGCUAUAUGUCUCGCUGGAACCAGUACGGCUCAUUCUUUCACGACAACUUUGCGCUGCUGGCCAGCUCGACCGUCUAUAUCGCUGUCGUCCUGACGGCGAUGCAGGUCGGUCUCGCUACGGAAGCUCUCCAAGACAACGAAGCCUUCCAGUCGGCCUCGUACGGCUUUACCAUCUUCGCCAUCUUGGGGCCUCUGGCUGCUGCAGGUCUCGUUAUGGUCACGUUCUGCUACAUGUUAAUUGGGAACUGUAUUGCCACACUGUAUUACAGCAGGAGGAGGUUCGAACGAAUCGAAGGUCGGUAAAAGUUGGGGGCGGGGUAUCACCGCGCCGCAGUAUGACAGCGUUAGGCAACAUCCAGUCCGUCGUCGAAAUGCCGCAUCACGUCAGCCAAUCUGUCCCCGUGAUCUGCUCAGCUCACAGCUUGUUCAGCAGCCUUGAAGUCCCCG